UUUACUGUAGGUUGAAGUCAUGUCUGGUCGCGGUAAGCAAGGCGGCAAGGCCCGCGCCAAGGCCAAGUCGCGGUCGUCCCGCGCCGGCCUGCAGUUCCCGGUGGGGCGCGUGCACCGGCUGCUGCGCAAGGGCAACUACGCGGAGCGCGUGGGCGCCGGCGCCCCGGUGUACAUGGCGGCCGUGCUGGAGUACCUGACGGCCGAGAUCCUGGAGCUGGCGGGCAACGCGGCCCGCGACAACAAGAAGACGCGCAUCAUCCCGCGCCACCUGCAGCUGGCCAUCCGCAACGACGAGGAGCUCAACAAGCUGCUGGGCAAAGUGACGAUCGCGCAGGGCGGCGUCCUGCCCAACAUCCAGGCGGUGCUGCUGCCCAAGAAGACCGAGAGCCACAAGGCUAAGAGCAAGUGAAACUGAUGCCAACCC